ACACACAGAAAAAAAAAUCCACUCAUACUCACUCACGCACAUAUUUAUGGAUACCCAACUCGAUUCCUUCUGGGUUUUUGCUCUUUUUUCCAAAUACAAAACCUUUUCGCAAAACAAUACCACAAUUCUUCUCCUUCUCUUCCUCCUCCUCUUGGUUUACUCGGCCACCACUUUAUGGUACUCGACUUUCCCCGGCGGUCCAGCUUGGGGGAAGUACUAUUUGUCCCGGAAGUUCAUCGCCGGCCCAAUUCCAGGCCCACGAGGUCUGCCGUUGAUUGGGAGCAUGAGCCUGAUGACCAGCCUAGCCCACCACAAGCUGGCUGCAACCGCCGAGCGGUUUAAUGCGAGGAGGCUCAUGGGUUUCAGCUUAGGUGAGACUCGAGUGAUAGUCACGUGCAAUCCUGACGUGGCGAGAGAAAUACUGAACAGUUCGGUAUUUGCGGAUCGGCCGGUGAAAGAGUCGGCUUAUGAUUUAAUGUUCAAUAGAGCGAUUGGUUUUGCUCGAUAUGGGAGUUAUUGGAAAACGCUUAGAAGAAUCGCGGCGACGCAUCUUUUUUGUCCGAAACAAAUCACGGCGUCGGAGUCACAGCGGCUUGAUUUAGCGGCUCAAAUGGUGUCAAUGAUUGAAGUGAAACGUGCGUUUUGUGUACGUGGUUUGAUUAAACGUGCUUCGUUGUUUAAUAUGAUGUGUUCGGUUUUUGGUCGGAAGUAUGAGCUGGGUGAGUCGAGUAACGGUGAAGCCGAUGAGCUGAGCCGGCUUGUGGAAGAAGGUUAUGAUUUGUUAGGGAAGCUCAACUGGUCCGAUCACCUUCCUUGGGUUGCGGGUUUUGAUUUUCAAAGAAUCCGGUUCAGGUGCUCUCAGUUGGUACCCAAAGUGAACCGGUUUGUGAACCGGAUUAUUGAAGAGCAUAAAUGCCAACCAAGUGAAACAAGCCGUGAUUUUGUGGAUGUUUUGUUGUCUCUACGUGGGCCGGAGAAGUUGUCUGAACAGGACAUGAUUGCCGUUUUAUGGGAAAUGAUAUUUAGAGGUACGGACACAGUGGCAGUGUUGAUAGAGUGGAUACUAGCAAGGAUGGUGCUCCAUCCUGAUAUCCAAUCAAAGGUGCACAAUGAGCUCGAUCAAGUCGUGGGAAGAGCACGGCCGUUGAUGGAAUCCGACAUACAAUCAUUAACUUACAUGCAAGCAGUAGUGAAGGAGGUUUUAAGGCUACACCCACCAGGCCCACUCUUAUCCUGGGCCCGCUUAGCAAUCACCAACACAACCGUCGAUGGAUAUCACGUACCAGCUGGAACAACUGCUAUGGUAAAUAUGUGGGCCAUCACUAGGGACCCAGAAGUUUGGGCUGACCCUCUCAAGUUUAGCCCAGAGAGGUUCGUGGCUGAUCCAGAGUUCUCAUUGUUCGGCCCAGACCUAAGGCUUUCUCCAUUUGGUUCAGGACGGAGGUCCUGUCCGGGAAAGAUGUUGGGGUGGGCUACAGUCAGCUUUUGGGUUGGAACAUUACUGCAUGAGUUUGAGUGGAAGCAAUCUGAUCAAGGCCCAGUUGACCUCUCUGAAGUGCUAAGGCUUUCCUGCGAAAUGGCUAGCCCACUUAGGGUCAAGGCGCACCCUCGACGGACAUGAGACUAUGAGAGUAGUCUCUUAUCGCACCUCGCCCUCAAAAGACAAAAAAAUUGAUGUAAAUAUAGAUUGAAGAUUAAUAGGUUGUACUAAUAUAAUGUGUGGAGUGCGGUUUUCACCCUUUCAUAAAGACUUUCUGAUAUUUGAUAUUGGAAACAUUACACAUCCAUAAAAUAAACAUGCAUAAACUUAUAUAAAUAUGUGACAUGCCUAUAUGGCUUUUUUAAUAAAGUUUGUUUCUUUUUUUAA